UUUAUUCCAGGAAGGAAACUGAAAGAAGCCAAAUCCGGCACAUUGAACCCCAGCCUCCUGCUUCUCCUGAGUAUGCUUCCCUUUGGGGUCUUCCUUGAAGCCGUCCUUCUCCUUUCCUUCCAGCAAGUUAUAGUCGAGGGAUUCCUGCCUCCGCCGCGCAACGUCAGCCUUGUGUCGAAGGACUUCAGUCUGUUCCUGACAUGGCUUCCAGAUGAACGCUACCCGCCUGGAGUGUCCUAUAGAGUUCAAUGGAAAAACGCGUUUGCUCAUGUCUCGGCAAUGAGAGACGUCCCUCAUUGCCAAGACAUCUCUGAAACCAUUUGCAACAUCACGUGUGUCUCUCCAGAGCUGAAUAACAGAUACUUGGUCCAGGUUAGAGCUCAGAUGAUGGAUGGCACCAGAAUCCUCUCAUCGAGCGAAAAGAGGAUAGUCGUGGAUUACGAAGUUGAUGUGGACAUUGUUCCUCCAAUCCUCCAGUUAAGACGGACUAAGGACAUCCUUGGGGUGAAUGUGACUUUCACCUAUCCUUCUUGCGCGGAGAAAAUAUUUCAGCAAGACCUGAGCUAUGACUUGAAGUUUUGGGCCAAACAUGGGACGGAAAAACCAAGAGAAUUCAAAGGCCUAACGAAGAAUGCGAUGGACAUUGACAUUAUGGACUGGACCAGUGGCAAUUACUGUGUCCUUGCAAAGGCUUUCUUCAGUAAAACCGAGAAAUGGAGUAACUUCUCUGAGCCUAUAUGCACAUUGUUACCCGAGAAGAGUACUACCCUGCAAGGAGCCCAAAACUGGGGGUUUGUUGCCUUCCCGAUCCUCAUCCUAUUUGCUGCUGGUCCUAUUUCUCUCUUCCUGUGGUACAAAAACAUCAUGAAGAAAAUCAAGACACCCCAGGCUUUGGAUUUUUCCAGGUUUGGAAGUACAAAGAAGUUGCUGGAAUUAAGUGGAGAAGAAUUAAUUCCAGUGCACAGCCUCAUAUGCGCAGAGGUGCCCUUGAUCUCUGGGUGGCGGAUCAGGCCUAGUCUCCUGGUGGCUCCAUCCCUGGAUUCAAUGUCAGAAGAAGACAAUGAGGAAGAGGACGAAGAGGAUGAUGAGAGCCCCAUUCUGUACACCAAAAGGCUCAAGAGCCAAAAGAAAGAAGGGAAUGGUCAAAAUGCUGCCAUGGUCCAGAAAGCGCUUGGUUCCUCAUCUGGAAAGUCCGAGCUCAGUGGAGACAGCCACUUAUCCGAUGGAACAGACGAUGACAGCCCCAUUCUGUACACCAAAAGGCUCAAGUGCCAAAAGAAAGAAGGGAAUGGUCAAGAUGUUGCCAUAGUCCAGAAAGCGCUUGGUUCCUCAUCUGGAAAGUCCGAGCUCAGUAGAGAGAGCCACUUAUCCGAUGGAACAGUCUCAGGAAAUCCUCAGAUGACUAGUGGAGACAGUAAUACGUCUGGUUUCUCUGAGAGGAAAAGCAAUUCUCUUUCUGAAAAUUCAUCCACGGAUAGUUCCCUUGGUUUUCCGGUUGCUCAUCUUGCCUCCACAAAAGAAGGACACGAAAGUGGAGAUAUAGACCUUUCGUUUCAGUGGACUUUACCAAUGAAAGAAGCCGGUUUUCAGUUUCUUUCUGGGUUGCAAUUUGGAGGCAUAAAAGACCAUCUAGAUGGACGAGCAGAUGAUGCCUGGGUCAAUCUGGAUGAGAUCCGAGACAAUCUGGACUCUUUCAAGAUAGGUUUUGUCAAGGAUUCCAGCAGUUGUGAUGAACUCUUGGUAGAAACACCUCUGUUGGAAGCUCCUUGUUGUGAGAAUGACUUAGAAAAUGGGUUACAAGGAGGAAAUGGAGACGUAGCUGUUACACUGUUGUCCAACCCUAAGUUCCAUAGUUAUCGGCCCAAGCUCAUUUCUUAUAUUUCAAGAACCUGAAUUGCAGUGUUUUUGGUCUCCUCCUAAAAAGCAAGAGUAAGAUGUUCCAUAGACAACUUACUCUCUCUGGGACCACAUUUUUAGCACAAAAGACCAAAAAUGUAUACUAAAACAGUGUUUCUCAACCUGGGGGUCGGGACCCUGGGGGGGGGGGUCAUGAGGUGGUGUCAAAGGGGUCACCAAAAACCAUCAGAAAGCACAGUAUUUUCUGUUUGUCAUGAUGGUUCUGUGUGGGAAGUUUGGCCCAAUUCUAUCAUUGGUGAGGUUCAGAAUGCACUUUGAUUGUAGGUGAACUAUAAAUCCCACCAACUACAACUCCCAAAUGUCAAGGUCUAUUUUCCCCAAAUUUCACCAAUGUUCAUAUUUGGACAUAUUGAGCAUUUGUGCCAAGUUUGGUCAAGAUCCAUCAGUGUUUGAGUCCAAAGUGUUCAGAUUGCACUAGGGGUUUCUACAAUACCAUUGGGAGGGGAAAAUUUAUCUUGAGACACUGAGUUUUCUCCCCUUUUGAGGGAUGUGAGCUUUAUAUAAGAAUGUGGUGUGUUUGUAUCAUUUUGCAGAUGAGCUUAAAUUCAAAGGAUUCGGGAAUCAGUACUGUAGUACUAGGAAAAGUUACUACUUGAUGCAGGGCUGGCUUGCCUAGUGAAAGUCUAAAUUGUACAAAAUGCCAAGUAGGUGAACUACAACUCCAAAACUCAAGAUCAAUGCCCACCAAAUCCUUUCAGGUUUUCUAUUGGUCAUGGGAGUUCUGUGUGACAAGUUGGGUUCAAUUCCACCAUUGUUGGAAGUUCAAAAUGCUCUUUGAUUGUAGUUGAACUAUAAAUCCCAGCAACUACAACUCCCAAAUGUCAAAGUCUAUUUCCCCCAAAAUCCACCAGUGUUCGUAUUUGGGCAUAGUGAGUAUUUGUGCCGAGUUUGGUCAAGAUCCAUCAUUAUUUGAGUUCACAGUGCUCUCUGGAUGUAGGUGAACUCCAACUCCAAAACUCAAGGUCAUUGCCCAUUAAGCUCUUCCAGUAUUUUCUCUUGGUAAUGGGUGCCAAGUUUGGUUCAAUUCCAUUGUUGUUGGAGUUCAGAAUGCUCUUUGAUUGUAGGUUAACUAUAAAUCCCAGCAACUACAAACCCCUAAUGACAAAAUCAAUCUCCCCCCAACCCCACCAGUGUUCAAAUUUGGGCGUAUUGGGUAUUUGUGCCAAAUUUGGUCCAGUGAAUGAAAAUACAUCCUGCAAAUCAGAUAUUUACAUUACGAUUCAUAACAGUAGCCAAAUUACAGUUAUGAAGUAGCAACGAAAAUAAUUUUAUGGUUGGGGGUCACCACAACAUGAGGAACUGUAUUGAGAGUCGCUGCAUUAGGAAGGUUGAGAAACACUGUACUAAAAGAACAACAUUUUUACAUAAGCCAAAAAGGGGUGGAGUAUCAACUUCUGCACCCUUCAAACAGUAUUAAUAGUUAGGAAUUUUUGUAGUUGUUUUUAUGUAUGCUUUUGUUCAUAGCUGUGGGAUAUAAGAUUGUCUUUCCUGAACUGGCUGAUACAUGGCUGCAAUUGGGGCCACUAUAUCUGAAGGGAAUCCUUGUGUGGAAGAGAAAUGUGGAGAAGAAGAAGCAAAAUUCAUCAUCAUGAAUCUUAGCGCCAAGUCUGAUGUACGCCAUUUUCACACCUUCCAGAUCUUGGCAGGUUACCCCUUUCCCCUUUUUUUUCCAAACCGGAAAUAACUACAAAAUAUACGGGCUGCACAGGAAAGUAAUAGCGCUCCAUGCAGUCAUGACCUUGGAGGUGUCUAUGGACAACGCCAGCUCUUUGGCUUAGAAAUGGAGAUGAGCACCACCGCGCAGAGUCAAACACGACUAGACUUAAUGCCAAGGGGAAAACUUUACCUUUAUAGGAGCUGCACAUUUCUUGCCCUUGCAUUACUUAUGGGAUCAAACUUUGCCAUGAAAAAACUGGGAAGCUCUUCCUGAACAAGCAGAUCCCAUUCGAGACCACCAAUCCUUGCUGCGUGUUCAAUAUGCCAGUUGCAGAGCUACUAAAACAAAGCUAAGUUAUCCAUAUUUGCAGCUUUCUCUAAUCUGCUGCCUUCCAAAUCGAUAUAAUUCCCAACCAAUUCCCAUCAUCCCCAGUCUUUCCCCCUUUCCUAGUAGUCCUGCUCCCCUAAAGCCAGCAAAUGUGGAGGGAUGACGAUAUAUCUAAACAUUGAGUUGAGCAUACGAACAAAAGAGUGAAAAACAAUCAAGGGAGAAGAUGGGUUUGCUGUGAGUUUUCUGGGCUGUAUGGCUAUGUUCCAGAAGCAUUCUCUCCUGAUGUUUCGCCCACAUAACGGAGAAGAUGUUCAUAUUUGGGCAUUUGCGCUUGACGGGGACGAGAGACAGGGCCUUCUCAGUGGUGGCCCCUCGGCUAUGGAAUGCCUUGCCGACAGACAUCAGACAGGCACCUUCGUUGCUGACGUUUCGGAGAAUGGUCAAGACCUGGCUUUACGAACAAGCGUUUGGCUAAGCAAUGCAACUAAUCAAGGAAGACGGUAAAUGGAACAUAGGAACGGCACAACGACUAUGAGAACGGAUCUGAUUUCAACUGAGGCGUUAUAUAUGUUGUUUGUUGAUUUGUCCUGUCUGAUUGUUAAUUGUUGUGGAUCGACGUCGUCGAUCCUGUUGUUGCAUUGUUGUGUUUUAAUUGCACUGUAAACCGCAUUGAGUCGCCUGUUAAGGGCUGAAAAAUGCGGUAUAAAAAUGAAGCAAAUAAAUAAAUAAUAAAUAAAUAAAUAAAUGGAAGAAAAUCAGCCCUAUAGGAUCCACUUCAGAACAGACUGCUGCUAUUUUCUUUAAUUGUAAACAUGCACUUCUUUUCCUUUUGCCAUCAUCCUUGUUCACAGGGAUUUUUUGUCAGGAGCGACUUGAGAAACUGCAAGUGGCUUCUGGUGUGAGAGAACUGGCCACCUGCAGGUUGUUGCCAAGGGGACACUUGGAUGUUUGAUGUUUUACCAUCCUUGUGGGAGGCUUCUCUCAUGUCCCUACAUGGGGAGCUGGAGCUGACAGAGGGAGCUCAACCUGCUCUCCCCUGAUUUGAACCGCUGACCUGUCAGUCACUGGCACAACUGUUUAACCCAUUGCACCACUGGAGGCUCCAUGUUCACAGUGAUGGGGACUGGGAAGAAUAUACGAGAGUUGAAUGAAAAGUAAUGCCUCCACCUUCGUUUGGAUGGGAAUAUUUUAAUAAAUCAAAUGCAGAAAUAAUCCUUAGAAUAUGCUCUUUAGCUACCACUAUUCACUUUUCCACAAAUCACCAGAAAAUUGGAUAUAUUUCUGCAAACAAGUUUUCUGAAGCCAUCAUGGAAGAAGUCGACACUCUGUUCCGCAACCAGUGUCUCACAGUCCUCUCAACGUCUUCAUCAGAAGCAUAAUGAUGUCCCCACAGAUCUUCUUUCAUUAUCAGGAACAGAAGGAAGUCAGAUGGUGCUAAAUCUGGACUGUAUGGAGGAUGUCGUACGGUGGUGAGAUCCAGUCCCUGAAGUUUCAAGUCCGUGCGCUUUCAUUUCAGGCAACAGCAUUCUGGGUACCCAUCGUGCACAGAUCUUCUGAUAGCCAAGCAAAGCAAUAAUGUGACCCACACAUUCUUGUGAAAUGCCGAUUAUGCUUGAAAUUUCUCUCUGAGUGAUACAACGAUCAUCCUGAAUCAAUCUGUCAACCUUUUGCUUGUGAAACUCAGUGGUUGCUGUCACAGGACAUCCAACUCUUUGUUUGUCAUGCAAGUCAGAUGUUCCCACCUCAA